AUGAUAAUAAUUAAUAAAAAAAUUAUAUUUACUAUACUAAUAGAAGUAAUUAAUACUAGAAUGCUUAAUAAAUUUUCAGCUUUCGUUAAGGAUUAUGACUUAUUUAGUAGAUAAAUAGGACUUCACAUGAACAAAAAUAACUUCUAUAAGACUUCGCUAGGAGGAUUCUGCUCAUGGCUAGUUAUUCUAUUUAUAUUUGCAUUUUUUUGGUCAAGAAUCGCAUCAUUUUUAAAUAAAGAGGAAGUGAAAGUUAUAAAAAAUCGCACGUUUAAUCCAGAUCCUCCUUACUCAAGUCUUAAUACUGAAAGAUUUAUGUUUGCAGUGAAUAUAGAUUAGCCUAACUAGGAUUUUUUAACUCAUCCAUACUUCAACAUAACAGUUAAAUAAAUCGUCAAAUAGAAAGUAGGCAACACUCAAGUAUUUACAAGGACAGAUAUUUAACUUGAACCUUGUACUCCUGAUCAUUGGAAUAGUAUGUCAUAGGCUUUAGCAAAUUUCACUACAUUAUUCAAAUCUUUUGGAACUGAUUUUUUAUGUCCAGUAUUAGGAUAAAAAAUGUAGCUCCAAGGAAUGUGGGGAAGUGACGUAUUUUAAUAUAUAGAAGUGCAGGUAGAACCGUGUGUUUCUCCGAAUGACCCAAAUUAAAAGUGGAAUCCAGUGUGUGCUACCUAAGAAGAGGUUUAAGAACAAACAAAAAAGUUGGGAUUUCAUGGAAUAAAUUUUUAUCACUCAAAUUAUGUUUUAAAUGCUGAUCAGCCUACCAAUUAUUUUACUCCAUACAUUAAUGAUAAGCUUUAUUUCAUGUUUGUACCUAAUAAAUAAGCUCAAAACUGUGAUAUAUAUUUUUAAGACAUUCAAGUAAUAACUGAUCAGUCAUUACUUCCAAUUUCGGAUUUUGAUGAUAUCAAAUUUCUUACUUAGGAGAAUAAUGAUGUAAGAGAAACUACUUAGCUUUUUAGGAUUGACGAUAAAUUCGUUACUUUGACUCUAAGAAUGAGUCCUUAUGUUUCAGUCAUAAACAGAUAAUACAAAAAAGCUUCUUAGUUAUUAAGUGAAUUAGGAGGCUUUAUCUAGAUUGUGUUUACUUGUGUAGGGAUUUUACUAAUCAAAUAUAACAAUUUUAGAUUUACUAUCGAUUUGGCAAAUAAUCUAUAUUAAUUUAACUCAGAAAUUAAGUAGCAACAAACUACUUAAAGAAAUAAAAAAGAAAAAACGUAAUAAUCUAAUAAUUAUGUUUGUUAGUCUUUAGGAGUAAGUCCAUCGAAAUAAUAAAAUUCCUAAUUUUUUAAGGAUAUGUCAAGUAUUAAAAAUGGGAUCGAUAGCUAGGGAGUGAAGGUGUAAAAAGACUUAGCACUUUCUUCUAGCAUACACUUUAUAAGCAAUCAGAAUAAUGAAGUAAUUGCUUAAAAAUGUUAAGAUAAUCUCAAUCAGAAUAAAAUUAAUAAAAGUAUUCCUUGUAUUAACAAUAACAAUACAGUAAAAAGCUAGACAUAAAUUGAAUUAAUAAGCAACUAAUCAUUAGGAAAAAAAUUUUCUAUAAACUAAAAUCCUACAUCUAUUUAGAAUUUAGGAAAUAAGGAAAAAAUAAUGGUGGUAGAUAUCAAACUUGAUAUAGAUAGACCUAUCGAUAAAUUUAAGAGAGCAGUAUUUAAAAUUAUAAAAAAAAGCAAAAUAUUUUUGGAUUUCUUAAAAAAUGAUAAAAAUAUUUUUGUAAAGCAAUUUACACAAACCCAACAAGAAAGAAUUACAAAAGAAAACUAUUUAAUAGCUUAAUUUCAUAAAAUACUUGAGAAACCGUAUCGUUUUGAUGUUGGAAUAUAGUAUUUGCUUCAUAAAUUAUCUUUUGGAUACUUUUACAAUAACGAUUACAAUCACUACAUCACUAAGGCAACUGAUAUGAUACACUCAGAUCUUGACAUCUGUAAUAUUCUUGAAAAGCUCUAGUAAAUAGAUAAAAUAAAAACAAUCAUUUUUAACUAGUCGCAACAAACUAUCUUUAAUUUUUAUUAGAAGCCAAAAAUAAAUUUGGAAAAAAAUUAAAACUAGCGUAGUCCUGUAUAAAUCAGUCCAACAGAACAUAAAAAAAGUUCAAAAGAUUUAAAGAAAAACUGCUUUAAAAGCCUAUUUAACUAAAAAUCCGAGGAAAAAAUAAUUGAUCAAGGUAUAUUAUCUCCUAAAAUAAACUAUGAUACAGUUAAUUCAUAUAAACUAUUAUACAACUCUUUUUUGAAGCUAAAUAGUAACUUAAGCUGCUCAUUUAAUUCUUCUAGCAUAAACAAAAAACUUAUUAAAUAUUUGGGACCUGAACUGCUAAAUAUUUUCCUGUAAUCUUAAUCGCUGGAUAGCUAACCGAAAGUAAAUUAAACAUCUGAAAUUAAGAGGUUAUAUGAAGGAAGAAGUUAGAAUAUUUCCUCUUUCUAAAAAUAACAAGCUUUAAGAUAAUUUAAGCAAAUUUAAGCUUAAAAAAAUAACGAAAUUUCAGUAGAUUUAUCAUUAAUCAACAAUCGAAAAUCAUUGAGUUACGAAAGUUCAUUUAGAAAUUAAAACACUAUCUAGAUGCUCAAAUAGAAAGAAACUCCUCAAGCAGCUGUAGAAUAGCUUUCAGAAUCUACAAACAGCCACAAUUACCCGAUAAUUGCUCUUGGAGAAAUAAAAAAUAUUAAAACAAUAUCGAACAUUACUUAUUUGAAUCCAGAUGAAACAAAAUCCCCUUUUAAAAAAAUAGAUAUCUCAAACUAAUAAUUUUCAUUUCAUCAGUACUCCCAAGAGCUAGGUUCUGAAGAAGAAAUUCCAGAAGUAGAGCCUUAGUCUCGAAAUAUAAAAAAAUUAUAACUCAAAAUAGAUAAUAAAUGA